UGAUCACCAGUUUCAGAAGACAUUGAACAACCAUCUCUCAACUAAAUGAUACAGCAGACGGAUUCGCCCACGUUAGAAAGAUGAGGGCAUCAGGUGGGUGGUUGAUGGCUGUUUAUCUCACAUGUUUCCUCCCAUCUCAUAUUCUGGCCAUUGAGAGAGUCGUAGUGAUUUAUUCAUCUCAGAACCUGUCCUCAGUUCCCAAUGACCUCAAGUCAUCAACAGAGGAUUUAGAUCUGUCCCUGAAUUACAUCCAGGUGUUGAGGAGCCAAGACUUCAGCAAAACCCCUAGGCUCCAUUUCCUUAAUCUGUCAUGGAAUAUACUGGAGGAUAUAGACAUCGACACGUUUACCUCGACCCCUGCUUUGGAAAUUUUGGACUUGUCACACAACAGACUCCAAAACCUCUCAGAUCAGCUGUACCUGCUUCAUACAGAAAAUCUGCAGUUCUUGGACCUGUCAUCCAACAUGUUUUUUGUUAUGGCACUAGGGAAGGAAUUUUCUACCCUCAAAAACCUGCAGUGGCUUGGCCUGAGUGCACAAUCAAUCCAUAAUGAAGACUUUGCCAACAUCGCUGAUCUUAGACUCAAAACCUUCUUUAUUAAUGUUGGCGGGACAAAGACUUAUGACGAGAGCAGUCUAAGGGGUGUAAAUGCAGAGCAGGCAGUUAUUGCUCUGUCCAAAAGGGAACUUGAUCAUGUAAUCGCUGUUGAUGCCUUUGCAACAUUUCAAAAGCUGGAAUUCACUAAAGUUGUCAACGAGAUGAAGUUCCUCCAGCCGCCGUACCAGCAAGAGACCAUACGCACCGUUAACCUGAAAUUCUCCAAGGUUAUUAGCACCUGGAAAGAGUUCACAAGUUGUAUGAAUACAGUGUUGAUGUCUCCAAUUCAACAGCUUUUUUUAUCAGAAGUUACCAUCACUAAAAUGGGAAACGGUAUGUCUGUGUACCAGGGCCACGGAUUAGAUUCUUUUUCUAUAAGAAAAUCGUCAGUAACCGAAUUCAUUUUCAACCAAGAAGAGCUCUAUGACUUCUUCAUAAACAUGCCGGCAAGGAAUCUCAGCUUUACACAAACUCCUAUCGUCCAUAUGACCUGUCCACAGGCUGUUAGCAAGAUCAAGGUGUUGGACUUGUCCGACUGCGCCCUUACGGAAAAUGUCUUCUCUCUUGGUCCAGAUAAUGAAUGCAGUACACUGACAAACCUGGAAAUGCUGAUUCUGAGGGGCAAUAAUCUCAGACAUCUUAGACCACUGACCUCAAGAAUUCAUCUCAUGGACUCACUGAAACAUGUUGACUUUAGCCAGAAUACACUUACCUAUGUAGAGGAACAGGGUAGGUGUGCCUGGCCUUCCCAAAUAGCCCAUGUGGAUUUAUCAUCCAAUGGGUUUGACCAGAACGUGUUCAAGUGUUUGCCCAAGUCCAUAAGAAUUCUAAACCUCCGGAAUAACCAUGUUACCACAGUUCCUGUAGAUACACCUCUUCUGGACAGGUUGAGCGAUCUGGACCUAACUGGGAAUCGCUUAUUAGACCUACCCACCUGUCGAACAUUCCCAAACCUGCAGAAGCUCUUGGUAAGAUCAAACUCCCUCCAUUCACCUUUACCAGGUGUCCUUAAGACUUGUUCACAACUCCAAACUCUGGAUGCAAGUCGUAACCCCUUCAUCUGCACUUGUGCUUUGCGUGAAUUCUCUGCCCUCAUCAAUGACAAAGCUAUGCAGCAUGGAAGAGAGAAUCCUGGCUUGAUUCUGGGCCACUGGCCGGACAGCUACCUAUGCAGUUAUCCAGAAUCCUGGAGCAACACCAUGUUAAAAGACUUCUACAUUCCAGAGAUCUCUUGCAAUGCCUGGAUUCUGGCCAUUACUAUUUUGAUCCCAACCAUCACUUUGGUGAUUGCUGUCAGCCUUCUUUGCCAUCAGCUGGAUGUCCCGUGGUACCUAAAGAUGAUGUGGAAAUGGACUCAAGCCAAGCACCAUGCAAUAACCUCUCAGGAAAGAGCCAAGGACAUGGAAGGGGUGUGCUUCCAUGCUUUCGUAUCUUACAGCCAGAAGAACGCUGAGUGGGUUAAGGGUCAACUAUUGCCCAAGCUUGAGGGUGAGGACCCGACCCCAAUCCGCAAUGGGUUGCGACUGUGCCACCACGAACGGGACUUCAUCCCGGGUAAGACGAUCGUUCAAAACAUUCUGCGGUGCAUUGAGCAGAGUAGAAGAUGUGUCUUCGUGCUGUCGUCUCAUUUCGUCCAGAGCGAAUGGUGCCAUUACGAACUCUAUUUUGCCAAUCACCAGAAAGUAGCUCGAGGGUUAGACAGCAUCAUUCUUAUUCUGUUGGAACCUCUGCCACUGUAUCUUAUUCCCUCCAAGUACUACCAGCUCAAGGCCAUGAUGUCCAGACGGACCUACCUGGAGUGGCCACAGGAAGGCGCCAAACAGAAACUCUUUUGGGCAAACCUCAGAGCAGCUCUGCAGGCCAACCUUCCCACACCUCCAGAGACAGAAGAGGAGUGAGGAAAGACAGAGGUAGAAACAGGGUUCCCAAGGAUCUUUUGACCAAUGAAUUCAAAUAAAAAUUUGAACACACCUCCUUAAGGAAGAGCACUUUUUGUCCCAUAGGAAACGAUUAUACUCUAGUACUAUAUGCCACCCAAUGAGUCAUAUAGUUAGUUACCCUCAACGGACCAACUUAAAUUUUCUUUUGUGCAGAGCAUAACUACUGAGAUUAUCCUCGCCAUCUUCCAGGCAUAGAAAUCAAAAUGUCAAAAGGUUUUCUUACUGUGGCAACCCUGAUUAAUGAAGUAGUUCACUCAAAAUGAAAAUACUGUCGGAUAUAUUUUGAAGAAUCUUUACAAAGCUAUUGUUCAUACAACAACAGUUCAUAGUGACUAUGACAGUCAAGCUCUGAAAAAGUCAAAUUCAAAAAUGCAGGAAGGAGAAUUAAAUUUGAGAGGUACAGUGGAGGGGAAGAUUUUCAAAGAUUAAAACCUAAAUUUCUUCUUGACUUUAGAAGAGCACAUAUAGCACAUUGGUCAUACAGACUACUUGUGUUUUUGUACUUGUCACUAUUAACUGUCAUUCCACAGAAAAUAUCAUACAGGGUUGGAAUGAAAUGAGGUUGAGUAAAUAAAUGUAAAAAAAAAAUUUGGGUGAACUAUUUCUUUAGCAAUCCUGCACAAGCGAAAGCAGAAGGUGACGAUUUAUGUGUCAAGACUACAUUUUAAAUGGAAAGACAAAUGUUCACAAAUAGAAAACCAAGCAGAACCACUGUUUUAUUUCUUAAGAGCUGCCAGCAAAACAGUUUCUACAACAAAACAGUCUAACACAGUCUAGUUCAUUAAGUAUUUACAAUAUUACAAUAUGAAAAACAAAUUGCUCUGAUGUACUUAUCCUCUUGUUUAGUUGUACAUCUGGUCUUCCAUAUCUCUUUCUGUCCUUGUUAGAGUCAGUUGUCCUUUGACUUUGAAGACUGUAGUGUACACCUUUGAAAUCUUCAGUUUUUGGGCAAUUUUAAGCAUUGUAUAGCCUUCAUUCCUCAAAACAAUGAUUGACUGAUGAGUUUCUAGAGAAGGCUGUUUCUUUUUUUGACAUUUUUGAUCUAAUAUUGACCUGAAGACAUGCCAGUCUAUUGCAUACUGUGGCACAAAGACAAUGUUAAGCUUAAUUUAAUGAACCAAAUAUCUUUCAGCUGUGUUUGAUAUAAUGGCAAGUGAUUUUCUAGUACCGAAUGAUCAAUUUAUCAUGAUUACUCAAGGAUAAGGUGUUGGAGUGAUGGCUGCUGUCUAGAUUUGAUAAAAAAUGAAUUUUUUCAAAUAGUGAUGGUGCUGUUUUUUACAUCAGUAAUGUCCUGACUAUACUUUUUGAUUAGUUGAAUGCCACUUUGGUGAAUUAAAGUACCAAUUUCCUUCCGAAACAGCAAAAUCUGUACAUUAUUCCAAACUUUUGGCCACCAGUGUGUGUGUGUGUAUAUAUAUAUAUAUAUAUAUAUAUAUAUAUAUAUAUAUAUAUAUAUACACACACAGUUUUUUUUACCUUAACACGGUAAUGAAAAUCACCCUGUCUGGACACAUUUUAAAUUAAAAUCAGCAUAUAUUACAUUUAACACAACAAAUACUACCAUCAACAAUUGUAAGUUUACAAAUGUACUUUUUAAAAAGUUUGUAUUUUUAUUUGGUUUUAUAUUUUGUUUUUUUGUUUUUUUUAAUUUUUUAAUUUUUUUUUGCCAUUUUCAUCACAGCAAUGUGCUUAAUUGAUAUGACAAUAAAUUAUCUAACAAUGCUAAAAACUAAAUGUUUUUAAAUGUUUAAAGGUCCUAAAUGUUCCCUAUUUAUGCAAAAUACAAAUUCUUAUUUUUUAAUUUAUUUUUAGGUGAAAUACGACCUCUUCUUGAUAGUUUCCGUGAGAUUCACCCAUAAAUAUGAACAGCUGUAAUUCAAUGAACACAAUGUAAUAAAGAAAAAAAGAAUCACA